AUGGCAUUCAGGUUAAGAGAAAUGGUGAAGAAGAUAAUAAAGAAAAUUGAGGGAGACGAGAAUUUAGCGCCUGGAGUGAAAGAGCAACUCAAGAAAUUUGCGCCCGAUACCAAGGUCGUCAUGGGCCGGGCUCAUCGUGGGCUUUACGCAGGCCGCCACAUCCAGUUCGACAAUCGCGUCAGUGAAGACGGCAGAAACAAGACGAGGAGGAAUUGGAAGCCUAAUGUGCAGGAGAAACGACUCUUCAGCUACAUUCUUGAUCGCCACAUUCGUGUUAAGGUAACCACGCACGCUAUCCGCUGCAUCGAUAAGGCAGGCGGGAUUGACAAGUACUUGCUGAAAACUCCGUACCACAAGAUGGACGCAGAGAUGGGCCUCUUCUGGAAAGCGAAAGUUGAUAAGAUGUACGAACAACUUGGGGAGAUGGAGGUAGUUUUCUUCACACCUGAAGAUGAGGAUCGUUUAGAAGAGCAAUUUAGAGAAAUCAAAUUAGCUGAGCGAGCAGCACGUGGGGAUGGCCGGAGAAAAAUGUAUGGUUGGUCCGGCAAAAGAGACGAUGGAGCAGAUGCAGAAGCAGCACAUGAAGAACCUUCUGGCAGCGAAGAAGGAAGCCUGCAUGCUGACAUUCAUGAGCAGAUGGUAGCUAAUGCUUGAUUAUAUGGGCUGCCAGAUUUUUGUAGCUUGAUCUCUUUUGAUGUCUCCCUUUUAAUGUUGUUGCCUAUAAAUUGCUUAGGCUGGUUUAUUUUUUAUUUUUUAACACAAUUGGCCAAGCAUUAAUCUAUACAUGGGCAUGGU